AUGCCCUGGUUUCCGAGGCCACCCUCUCCGGACCCCUCCUCCUUCGACAUCCUCCUCCGGCGAUGCAGCAGCCCUCGCCAAUCCAAGCAGAUUCACUCCCGCAUCGUCCUGUGCGGCGCGCUUCAAGGGUCGGCUGUCCUUGCAGCUCGCCUCGUCUCCGUCUACAGCCGGCAAGGGCUCCUCGCCGACGCUUCAAGGGUCUUCCUUGGCGCAGAAAGCUGCGGGAGCAUCCUCCUCUGGAACUCCAUUCUGCGGGCGAAUCUCUCUCACGGCCGCAUUGGGGACGCCUUGGCCUUGUACCGCCGCAUGCGGGUACUCGACCUCCCCGCCGACGGCUUCACGCUCCCCAUGGUCGUCCGAUGCUGUUCCUCCAUGGGAGCUUCCGAGCUCUGCAAGGCCGUGCAUGGCCAUGCCGUCAUCACCGGCUACUCGCACCAUCUCCAUGUCGCAAAUGAGCUGAUCCUCAUGCAUGGAACCAGGGGUGACAUGUUAUGCGCCCAGCAGAUUUUCGAAGAAAUGCCCCUGAGAAACAUCAUCUCCUGGAACACCCUGCUGGCAGGCUUUGCUGGGGCUGGGGAUAGCUCCGGGGCUUCUGAUCUUUUCCGGCGUAUGGAGUCAGAAAGAGUGGAGCCGAAUUCUGUGUCCUGGACAUCGUUACUCUCAGCUCAUGCCCGAGAUGGAAAAAAUAGCGGCGUUCUGAACCUCUUCUGCGAGAUGACAGCUCGAGGAACCAGACCCACCCCAGAAUCUCUCUCGGUGGUCCUAUCUGUCUGCGCGGAGAUGGGUUCGGCAGGGGAAGGGAAGGCCGUACACUCCGUCGUCGUCCGGGACGGGCUCGAAGGUUACGUCUUCGUGAGGAACUCCCUCAUCUCCUUCUACGGGAUGCUUGGGAACGCAGAAGAAGCUGAGCUACUGUUCUCCCAGACAGAACCCAAGAGCCUAGUCACCUGGAAUUCUCUGAUAUCCUGCCAUGCCGCGGCUGGUCUGCACGAGCAGGCCUACCAGCUGCUCUUGGAGAUGGAAGAGACGACCGGAAUCAGGCCGGAUUCGGUAACCUGGAGCGCCGUCAUCGGGGGGCUCGCCGCACAGGGGAAGGCGGUGGAGUCGCUAGAGAUCUUCCGCCAAAUGCAAGAGGACGGUGUGAGGGCCAACUCAGUGACCGCAGCUACCGUGUUGUCCGCUUGUGCGGAGUUCGCCGCGCUGCGGUUGGGCAGGGAGCUCCAUGGCCACACCCUCAGAGCUUCCACGGGCGACGGCGACCCUCUGGUGGGCAACGCGCUGGUCAGCAUGUAUGCCAAAUGCGGAAGCCUCAAAGAUGCACGCAACAUGUUCGAUAAAAUGGCGAAUAAUAGGGAUUUGAUCUCAUGGAACUCGAUGAUCUCCGGGUAUGGGAUCAAUGGGCUUGGAGAGGAAGCAAUUGGGGUCUUCGAGGGGAUGGUGGACGCCGGCGUUGACCCAGAUGGGGUCUCCUUCGUGGCGGUGCUCUCCGCCUGCCGCCACGCCGGGUUUGUUUCCGAAGGCCGCCGGCUGUUCCACCGGAUGGUCCAUCGGCAUGGCAUUCGGCCAUGGAUGGAGCACUACGCCUGCAUGGUGGACCUCCUCGGCCGUGCCGGGCUGCUGGAGGAGGCGAUCAAGCUGGUGAAGAGGAUGCCGAUGGAACCCAACAUCUGGGUGUGGGGAUCUCUUCUGAAUUCCUGCAGAAUGCAUAGAAACGAUGGGGUGGCUGAGGAGGCCGCCUCGCGAAUCUUCGCGCUGGAGCUGGAGACCGCCGGGAGCUGCAUGCUGCUGUCGAACAUCUACGCCUCGUGGGGGAGAUGGGAGGAUUCGGCACGAGUGAGGGUGCUGACGAGGAGGAAGGACCUCAGGAAGAGCCCCGGCCAGAGCUGGAUUGAAUUGAACAGGGUGGUGCAUGUGUUCUUGUCGGGGGCUCUACUGCCGCAGGAGAUGGCGGGUGUCUAUGUUGUUCUUGAGGAGCUGAAUCAGCUGAUUGAGAGCUGGGAAUGA